CGCUCGGGUCUAUGGAGGAAAAACUUUACGCUGGCCCUUCGAUUCCCAUGGCCUCAGCCGCCUGCGGCACCAAGGCCAUGUCCCUGUUCAAGCGGACCUUGGUGCUGAGCCCCGCCGCGGCGCCCCGGGGUACGGGCGCGGGCUCCCAGCCCCGCGGCUGCCCCUUGCCUCCUGCCUCCUGGCCCUCCAAGGACUGGUCGCGCGGAGAGGGCUCCUGCGGCAGGCUGCGGAGCUCGCCACCGGCCAGCCUCCUGCCCCAUUGCCACUCCUGCUCCUCCACGUCCCCCACCACCGCGGUGUGUCUUCUCUGCCCGCAGGACUCGCUCAGCAGCAGCUUGAAAACUUGCUACAAGUAUCUCAAUCAGACUAGUCGCAGUUUCGCAGCUGUCAUCGAGGCACUGGAUGGGGAAAUGCGCCAUGCAGUAUGCAUAUUUUAUCUCGUCCUCCGAGCUCUGGACACUCUGGAAGAUGACAUGACCAUCAGUGUAGAGAAGAAGGUCCCACUGUUACACAACUUCCACUCUUACCUUUAUGAGCCAGACUGGCGGUAUAUGGAGAGCAAGGAGAAGGAUCGACAAGUGCUAGAGGACUUCCCAACGAUCUCCCUCGAGUUUAGAAAUCUGGCUGAGAAAUAUCAAACAGUGAUUGUUGAGAUUUGCCGGAAAAUGGGAUUUGGGAUGGCGGAAUUUUUGGGUAAACACGUGACAUCCGAACAGGAGUGGGACAAGUACUGUCACUAUGUCGCCGGGCUGGUGGGAAUUGGCCUUUCUCGUCUGUUCUCAGCCUCCGAGUUAGAGGACCCCCUAGUAGGUGAAGAUGUAGAGCGUGCCAAUUCUAUGGGCCUGUUUCUGCAGAAAACAAACAUCAUUCGUGACUACCUGGAAGACCAACGAGAAGGAAGAGAGUUUUGGCCUCAAGAGGUUUGGGGCAAGUAUGUUAAGAAGUUGGGUGAUUUUGCAAAGCCACAGAAUAUUGACUCGGCUGUGCAGUGCCUGAACGAACUUAUAACCAACGCACUGCACCACAUCCCAGAUGUCAUCACUUACCUUUCAAGACUUAGAAACCAAAGCGUGUUUAACUUCUGCGCUAUUCCACAGGUAAUGGCCAUUGCCACUUUGGCUGCCUGUUAUAAUAACCAGCAGGUGUUCAAAGGUGUAGUGAAGAUCCGGAAAGGACAAGCAGUAACGCUAAUGAUGGACGCCACGAAUAUGCCGGCUGUCAAAGCUAUAAUAUACCAGUAUAUGGAAGAGAUCUACCAUAGAAUCCCCAGCUCAGACCCAUCUUCUAGUAAAACAAGACAGAUCAUCUCCACCAUCAGGACACAGAAUCUUCCCAAUUGUCAGCUGAUCUCCCGAAGUCACUACUCCCCUAUAUACCUGUCAUUUGUCAUGCUCCUGGCUGCCCUGAGCUGGCAGUAUCUGAGCACCCUGUCCCAGGUCACAGAAGACUAUGUUCAGACUGGAGAGCACUGACUGGGGAAGAGUGGGAACUAAUGCUCGCCAUGAACUGGACUGACCUUUCCUUCAAGGAAGGAGGUUGGGUCCCCCUCACCCCCCCAUUUCCCUCCUGCUCUGAUCCCUGAGAGAAUUCUGGGGACUUGGACCUUUAGGAACUGUGACAUGCAGUUGAGAAGAUGAGGAUAGAAGGCAAGGAUACCUCCCCCGUGGCAGGCGGGUGCUGCGGGCCAGCUCGGUCUGCGCCUGGCAGCCAAUAGCAGAGCGCCCUGCGCCGCGAGCAGGGCAAGCGGUCGGUGUGGGGCCGCUGCGCAAUCUCAUUUAGCGUGAGUCUGGGCUAGAAUUCUCAUGAAAUGUAUUUAAUUUUGAAGCGACCUUGGAAUACAUGUCGUAGAAAGUAAAUUUUCUCAGUUCGGUUCCGAUUUUUCUCCUCAUUUUGUUUUCUCUUCAGUUGAUGUGAAUGUGGCACGUGUCCAUGUUUGUAGGUCCAGGUGGUGGUCCCGUGUUUCCCAAGAAUGCAGACUGUCUUCCGCACAUGAAGGCUAAGGAUUCGCUUCUGGGUGGUCUGGAAUUGUUUCCUCAUUUAAAAGGAGAUUAGCUUUCACAGGCCCACUGUGGAAGAUUGGCCUCCAAUUAAGGCUGACUUUUUGAGAGGACACCAUAUAUAAAGAUGUGUUUAUAAUAAAGAAUGGAAUUACUCUGCAUUUGUCAAGGGCAGUUCACUUGAAAGCCUGGAUGCGCAUGGCAAAUAGAAACCCAAGGGCGGCGUUAGUGGUCGAGGGCCAGGGGCCUGCUGCCGCCUCAGAGCCGGCAGAGCAGUGCUGAGAACGGGACCCAGCGGCCCGGCCCCGGCGCAGCGCCCACUGCAGGUGACCGAGUGGCGACACUGCCUCGCCGCCCAGCCGUAACCUGACCUGCACUAACUCUGCCAGCCUGCUCUCCAGUUGGCAAGUCUUAGCCGCAGCAGAAAUUUUACCACGUUCAGGGGGCUUUUUGUGGUUUUAUCUCUUGUUUUUUUUUUUUUUUUUUUAAUCAGCAGUUUAUACACUCAACAAAGACAAAAAUGUUUUCAGGUGGUAGGCUGGAAAGCCCAAAUGUACUUAGCCUACUUCUUCUAGCAACGCUGUUUGCCUUUCUCUUGACCUCCACGCAGCCCAGGUUUGUGAUGCACCCUCACCCGGUGACUCACUGAGAAUCAGCCUGGACCUGAGAGGACAUGGCCCCUCUCUAGGGGUGUUUGAAAAAGCCCCUCAAGCUGAGUAGUCACUGGUGUAAGGUAUUAAAGUGCUUUCUAGAAGCCAUUAAUGCUCUCACUGUACAUAGUAUAUAGUCUACCCUUUCGCUGCUGUCUUUUGUGGAUGGUGACUUCCUCACCGAAAUUGAGAGUUUUCCCCAGCAAUAAUACUGGCCUUGCGUUGUUAUACACACACCCACACUGACUUGUCAUCCUGUGACUGCUGCCACCACCUGACACAAUGGCUUCGUUUUGGUCCAUGGAAGCUGCAGUUGAUUGAUCUGCUUGAGGCGCAGUCCCGGACACACUUGUCACCACGCUUUGCCCCAUGGAGGACAGCUGUGAGCCACACUCGACAGUAAUCUUCCAAGCAAUUUAAACAUCAGAACUUGGCUUGAGAUUCCAAGGAAGGUUGUUUCAAAUUUGCGUGUUGAAAUAUCAGAUUUGUUCUGCUAAAAUCCAUGUAGAACACAGGACAACUUGGUGGAGAGUCUUGGUCUGAGGUGGAUAUACCGGGAGACUUUCUCCUCGCUGAGUAGUGAUCUAUGCAACUUUCUGGGUUUCUGUAACAUUUAGAUGAUUUCCUAGCUCCCCCCUAACUGUAAAGCUAUGUAAUUUUUACUGUCACUGAUAUGUGCACCCAUUAGUGUUUGGAAGAUCAUUGCCUUUCUAACUGUAUUUCUCUACUAAAUCUACAGGAUACCCAGUUAAACUUGAAUUUCAGACACAAUAGUGCUUUUUAGUAGAAUUAUGUCCCCAAAAUUGCGUAGGACAUAUUUUUUUUUAAUGUUUAUUUUGAGAGAGCGAGCAUGGGAGUGAGCAGGGGAGGAGCCGAGAGAGAACCCCAAGCCGAUUCCGAGCUCAGCUCAGAGCCAGAGGCAGGGGUCCAUCUCACACACCACGAGAUGACUUGAGCCGAAUUCAAGAGUUGGAAGCUCAGCCGACUGAACCGCCAAGGUGCUCUGCACAAGACAUACUUCUACUAAAAACUCAAUUAGGCAUCCUUUAUUUUUGUUAAAUCUAGCAACCCCAUUGUGCUCCACACUUUCAUUAUUAAUCAAAUAUUUAGCAUCUCUGCCAACAGUCUACUGGAUUUCUACUUGCAGUGCAAUAUUUUCAGCUUUUCCUCGGAGGAGUAUCUGCCCCAUCUGAAUCCAGGGCUUUAAGUUUUAAAAACUCCAUUACCACAGACCCAAGCAGGAGCCUGCUCUCCACAUUUUGAGAGUUCCUUGCGCUCCAGGUAAAGCCUGUGCACAUGCGCACAGCCACCCCGCUUUGGGAAAGGGCUCGGAGCAAUUACCCGGAAGCCCCAUUCUACCGAACCCGGCAUGCGCGCUUGCGCAGGGGAGGAGACACGGCUGGCCCUUUGUUCAUUAUUCUCUGCACUUUUGGAAGCAGAGCUCUUAAGGCUGUGAUUUUCAAACUUUAGCAUCGGAGUUGCCUGACCGUCCCAGAUUGCUUAGGACCUUUUGUCUCUCAGGUCUGGGGAGGUGCCCCAAAACUUCCAUGUUCUACAGGUUCUCAGGUGAUACAAAUACUGCUGCUGGGCAGGAUCCCAGUUUGAGAACCACGGCUCUAAGCCCUUCUUCUAACUUGAGUGAAUAUAUUGAAGGAGUCUUGUUAAAUUGCAAAUGCAGAUGAGGUCUGGCCCAAAUUCUGCAUUUCUAACGAGUGAGUUGAUGGCCAUGCUUUUGGAGUGUAGCUAUCUGAUGCACAAGAAAAGUGGAAAAGGUUCAACCAUGUGCUCAGAUUCUAAGUCUACACUAAAACCACGCCCUUCUCCAGGUAAUGAAUGAAAAGGCACCAUCAUUCAGGGGGACAGACCCCACAGAAAAACAUGGCACCAGUUGGACGGAGGUGACAGGGUGGUCAGUGAGGUAAUUUGAGAUUUAUGAAAGUAUUGACAUUGAUCCCAGUCCUAAGUGGACAUGGUUUUAUUUUCUAACAAAGACUCCUUAAGCCGCCUCCGAGGACGCCGUGCGGUUCACUUGGCUACUUCCUUCAGUGCAGCUCUUUGGCCUUCUGGGGGGACAAUGGGCAUCAGGUGGGCACGUGGCAGAAUGGAAACAGCAUCAUUCUAUUCUGUUUGGAGAGCAGGUCAUAUAUGUUAGAACUACAUUGAGGUUAUGGAUGUCUUCUGAUUGUAAAAAAUAAAGCAAUUGCAAAAUUU